GGAAGUUAAUUCAAUUACAGAGCUUCCAUUCUCUUCAAAUUAGUAAUUCCCUGUUCCGAGAAUAUCGAAUCCAAACUCCUGCCUAAACGCAACUAUGAGCUCGGCGCUGCCCAACCCACCGCCGCCACAAGGUGGGAGGGGAGACAACAAGGCUGCUCAUGUGGCACCAGCAGACGCAGACGAUGGACCUAGGAUCAAAACACUUAUGGAUAUGUGUUUCGAUGACGGGCUAUUUCCGGAAACUAACGUAAACGUGGGGGUGACAGAGGUUAUUGACGGUGUUGAAUACCUGACACUAAGCGAUGAAUUUGAUCAGGCGACAGUGAACUGGCUGAAAGCCAGAACAAUGAUAGUAAUAUUCGAUGAACCUGCUACAACCCUCAGCAUUAGCCAAAGAGAACAACUCAUCCGAGUAUAUGAGGAUGCAUGGUAUCUGGCCCCGAUGGUUAACCCUUCCCAAAAGAGGAAGAACACACGGCGAGGGGCCAAACGUAACAUCCUAUGUGGCAAGGUCGGAAAGAAUAGCAGAAUGAGUAUCCAAAAUUCAAUGAUCCGAUGCCGGAAAGGAGAAGAGCAAGGGGACAAGGUGGUAGGGGAGGAAGAGGGAAAACGAGAGCGAGUGGACAGAUUGGAAGAGAAGGGUGAAGAGGAGGAGAUAAUAGGGGUAAUGGACAGGCGAGAGGGGGAAGAGGGGAAGUGGGAAGUGGAGGCCGGGAAGGCAUAUCGGGGGAGAGCCCAGGAGGCAGGGGAGGAACUGGAGGGCUGGGUGGAAGUAAUGGAGGAAGAGGUAGGGGUAGUGAAAACCUUAACGGGAGAGGAAGGGGAUCUGAGGGAGAGGGAAGACACGAAGGAGGAGGCAGACUUAGCGGAGGACACAAAAACGAUGGCAGAGUAUGCGACUGCAUAUUUCAGCGAUAUCCUGACGUCAAGGCGCCCCUCAGAUGAAUCCCUGGAACAACUCCGUGGAGAACACGAUCUGUGGCAAUUCACAGACAAGAGACUGGCACCUCAUCAGUGCCGUUCAUUGGACAGACCUUUGACACUAGAGGAACUGAAGGAAGCAGCUGGAUGCAUGGCCAAGGGGAAAGCCCCGGGAGAUGAUGGUCUCCCGGUGGAAUUCUUCAUGGCCACCUGGGAUACAGUGGGACCGAUUUUGGUAUGCCUCUUCAACCGGGUAUUGGAGGGCAAAUUGCUAACAGAGGAUAUGAAUAGAGGAGUUAUUACUCUGCUAUACAAGAAAGGGGAUAAGAAGAAUGUGCGCAACUGGCGCCCAAUCUCCCUGCUGAACGUGGCAUACAAGAUCUUAGAUAAAGCUCUAGUACGAAGAUUGGCCUCACUUCUUCCGGAGCUGGUGAAAGCAGACCAGGGUGCAUUUGUGAAAGGCAUAUCGAUAGCAGAGAACAUGUUAACAACAAUGGGUGCGUUGGAGAUCAUUGAUCUCGUCGUCGUUUGCUGGUCAGUUCCGAAUCCGACGUGGAUGGUCUCAGCCGAGUGGCUCUUUCCUUAUGCUCGUCCUCACUCCGUAUUCGGUAGUGGAAGCCCUUCGCUUCGUAGUGGUCGAAACGUUGGCACUCCGUGCACAGAGUGCGGGGCCAAUGGGGCGCCACUGCCAUCCACGGAAUGACGAUCAGCUCGUUAAAUGACAACAAUAUCGAGUAGGGUGGAAAAUGCGUAUCGAUCAUGAUAAAUCCGGCGUCUACGA